CCUCGUUUGGUUCAUUCAAUCGUAUUGCGAACGGCAAUCACACGUGCCAGUAACUUGCCAGUGAAGUGACAAUGACCAUGUUGAACAUUUUCGACAGUCCGCUGUUGAGGCAAUAUGCGGUUGUGAUAAUAGUAAACUUCAGUGCUGUUGCUACUGGUGUCGGUCUUGGGUGGCCAUCGCCGGUCCUUGUGAAGCUGAGCGACACCAAUCAGACAGUCCUGCCGGAGCCCAUCACUCAGAACCAGGGAUCAUGGGUUGUCUCCAUUGGAUUGUUGACUUCUACGGCCACCAAUAUCUGCAUUGUGCAAUUAAUAGUCGAUCGAUUGGGGAGGAAGUACAGCCUGAUCCUGAUCACUCUGCCAAAGCUAGUGGCUUGCUCCAUGUUUAUAUAUGCCAGUGAUGUUUGGAUGCUCCUGCUUGGUAGAGCCCUGCUCGGUAUGGGAGACGUCGCGACGUUCACCAUACUGCCGAUGUAUUCCUCGGAAGUUGCAAGCAAAGAUAUUCGCGGCAGCUUGGGGACCAUGCUGCAGAUCAUGUGCUCUGCAGGAAUACUCAUCAUGCUGUCAAUGGGGCCUUUCGUCUCUUACGCGACCUUGAACAUAGUACUGACAACUAUCACUGUAUUAACUUACGUCCCGCUGUUUAUAUUGCCAGACAGCCCAUACUUCUUGUAUUCUAGAGGCCGAAAAGAAGAAGCACUUAAGGUCCUAACAUUCCUACGAGGAACAGAGUCAGUUGCCAACGAAGAAAUGAAAGAGUACGAAAUAGCGGCACAGAAGAACAACGGUAGCAUCAGCAAAAUAGAGAUUUUGAAGAACCCAUUGUUCAGAAAAUCCCUAGCUCUGGUCUGCAUACUGGGUUUUGGAGCUCAGUUUUCUGGGUUCAACGCGGUCUCCGCUUAUUUGCAAACGAUACUGGAGUCCACUCAGACGUCGGUGAGACCGGAGAUUGCCUCAGUGGUAAUUGGGUCCAUACAAAUGUUCGCUAGCAUCUGUACUACGCUGGUGACUGACCGAUUUGGCAGGAAGAUUAUCCUGGUAUCAACAGCUUUUGGAAUGGCAAUAGGAAUGGUCGGUCUGGGGACAUUUUUCAGACUUCAAGACGACGGUGUUUUGAUUGGUUUUAUGAACUACGUGCCAUUAAUAUCGCUCAUCUUGGUUGUCUUCUGUUAUAGUGCAGGUGUCGGCUCUUUGCUCUGGGUAUUGAACGCUGAGCUGUUCGACGACCGCUCCCGAGGCUUCGGCAUGUCCAUCGGCAUCACUGUGACAUCCAUCUGCAUGUUCCUCAUCACCAAGUACUUCGCCAGCGUCACCUCAGCCCUGGGACCCGCGAAUACCUACUGGAUCUUCAGCGGGAACUGCGUCCUGUACACCUUGUUUAUAUACUUCUGUAUACCAGAAACAAAGGGAAAGACUUUCUCAGAGAUUCAAGAUAGUCUAGGAAAGAAGAGAAAUAGUACGAAUGAUAAUGUUAAGGUUUAGAUGAAGUUUUAUGUUUACUUAGGAUAAGUUUUCCCUCGUAGUUUUAACCGCCAUAUAGAAAAAACCGUGUUUAUGCCAUUGGGACUAGCUAAGCGUUUCUUGGAUUAUAAGAAUAAAAAUAUCACCAUAUACCUCUCACAGCUGGACAAAGGCAUUCGGGAAGUUUUAGGAUUUGAGCAUUGAUCAAUAUGCAUACUGCGGGUUUGUUUCCUCACGAUGUUUUAUUAAAACACUUGGUAGUGGCGUCUUAGAAUAACAACUCUCAAUAGUAAAGUAUGAUAUGGUAAUAUCAUAGCACGAUAAUUUGCUAAUGUCUCUUAAAUGUCUACUUGACUCAACAUUCCACUUGAGAAAAACAAAGAUGGAAUGACGCUUACGACUUUUAAGCAAUGCUAUUCUUGUUAUCAAUCGACAGUACUCGUGCAAAUGUCCUUCUGAUUUUUCUGAUAUUUAUUUAGGCA